AUGAAUAGCAAAGGAACAGCAUAUAUCACCAGCAGCCAAAUAAACAAUGAGCAUACUGAACAUUCUGACGAUGCCGACAAUCAAAGCCCUUCCAGUUGUCCAGCUUGUGAUAAUUGUUAUGACUUCUGCUCCGACUUACGAAACAAGAGGGCUAAUCCCCCAGGUCGAAACCUUACUAUUGCUACCGACACAGGAGAGGGAGUGAUUACAGUGCCUAAUAAUUUACACUUAGCAAAGUUUACAGGAAAUAUAAUCGGUGAAGUUUUAGCCAGUGAUAAACCUGUCCUGCUUUUUCUAGUCGAUAAAGACCACCACGGAACACCAGUAGGAAGACCCAAAAGAGAAGUUUUUGAAGAAGAAUUGCCCGAGUGUUAUAACGAAAAUCCUCAUUUAUUAAAUCAUUCAGCAGUUCACUUUUUCUUUCAGAAGAAAUUAACUACAGGAGGUAAUUUAAGACAUUUGGAUGUCCGAAGAAGAAACGGCAGAUUGGUUCUUGUUUACGAAAUUAUCACCAGAAGCAGUGUAUCCGGAAUAUUAUAUCAAUUUAGGUCGGGAGAAAUCUUUGCUGGGAAAAAAUUCAGUGAAGGAAUUAACUUGCCUAAUCAAAGUGGUUCAGGGCUAGCAGCCAUUAGUGGCUUUUUUCGGCUAGUGAAAGCAGCCGUUAUGGGCUGGGUAAAAAAGCAGGCAAAAAGCACUAAUAAAGUUGUUUCGGAAAGAAUUGUUGAGCCUGCUAUCUUUUACAGCAAUACAGUUGACUUUAGUUAUGACUUUUGGGAGUUUGCUAAUCGGUGUGUAGCUAAUCCAUUCAUGAUUAGAUUUGAACAUUCGGAAACCCUUUAUAAUAAUCUGAUAAACAACAACGAUAAAUCACCUAUCCAAAAUAUUCAGUGUCGAUUUAGUGCUUUUAAGCAAGCAGUAAAAGUAGGAUAUUGGCAAGGAAAAGUCGAUUUAUUCUUUGACAUUGAUAAUAUCCUAUCUGAUACUUGGUGUUUAUGUGUAGGUGGUUCUCACGACAACCCUAACUAUUCUUUUAGAAAAGAGUAUAAUUUCACUGGUGGAGGAACUUUGGUGUUGAAAACCCGAGGCAGUGGAGUUCAAGAAUGUGAAAUACCCGACCAAGGAGGAAAAGUGGUCUUUGAAGCAAAGGGAAGCAGUGGAACAAUUACUUUGGAGACUACAACAACCACUGAAGAGAAAAAAUAUCGUUUUAAGCACGAAAGAAUUGAAGCUGAAAGGGAAAAAGAUUACGAAGCAAAAGAAUAUGAUGAGCCAGAAAUUCCCGAUGACAAUACUGCUUUUAGUUCGAAUAUCGGAGAAACUGACCCCGAAGCUUUGGAGAAAUUAAAAGAAUUCGACCAAGAACACGAGCAAAAAGAUUGA